GGAGUUUUCAGACGGUCCCUUACGCAACAGGCGAAUAGCCAACGAAUAUCGAAACUAAAACUAACUUUACUCCGCAAUUAAAGGAUAAAAAGAAAAGUGAAAGACGAUGGUGCAUUUGACCAAUCAGAAGAAAGGGGCGUUUCAGAUCAAAUAUUCAAACCAUAUAUUAGUGAAAUCACAUCAUCAAAACUCACAGUGUCCCGGGACAAUUCUUAACUGGAGUAUAAAAUCGAAAGUACGAGAAACAUGUCAUUAGCCUGUUUGUUUUUUAAUAUUGGUUUUGUAAACGAAUAAUUAUAUAAAAAGUGUUUUUUCGGAUUUUGGAUUAUUAAUUGAAUAUUAAAUGAAGGAAUGAUACACGGAUUAUUCUGCUCCCCGGAUUUCAUUCAUCUAAACUAUGUUUUCACAAAGAAAUAAAACCAUGGGUUCUGUAAGUUUUGUGCUCCUGCUUAUACUGGUCUGGACUUUCCAAACUGUCUGUGAAGAUGAGUGCUUGGGUGGAUUCAAUAUAACCUGUGAAGAUGUGACUGGAAAAGUGGGAGAGACAUUAAAUCUUACCUGCAGUAUCUCUUAUCAGUGCAGUAACUGCUGCAUGAAAUUUUACAAGUUUUAUAAUCCUGCCGUAAUCUGUAGAAAAGAAUUCCCUAAAAAUUCCUGUGAACGGAAGACCAGCAUCACAUGUCCUUACACUCUGAAUGUAACAACGACAACAAAAUUUAAAGUCUCUUUGAUAAGCUGUGGACGUAAAUCAACAGAAUUCACUGUUAACAUUACAGACAUUAAAGACAACACUAAAGAUGACACUUCAGCUGCCGAAACAGAUCAAUCACAUGAUCAAUCUAAGUCAGACGUGAUCAAUCCAGACGGCCCUGAUCGAUCUAAGGUUGCUGUCAUUGCUGCUGUUGUAAGCGGUUUCAUCAUCAUUAUAAUCAUCACAGUAACAAUCAUUUACAAAAAGAAACGCAACUGUUCCAGCCUUCCAGAGUGUUUCCGAUCAACAGACAUGAUGACAGACAAUUCAAUAAUUUGAAAGCAGUUUUAUUGCACUUUUCAAGUGAACCUUGUAAAAAGAUGACGCCUUUGGUUAUAUGUUUUCUGUUUUAUAUGUAUUUAUGUUAAAUAUUAUUGUGUUGUUUUAAUGGCUGAAAUGAACUCAAGCGUGUAUAUAAAAUGUGAUUAAGAUACAAAGACAACUAAACCCAAAUGUUUAUAUGCUUGGUUCUGUCCUGUUUUUUUAAAGACAUCUUUAUCAAUGAUUUUGUAUUUUGUGAAUGGUAAUAUAGCUUAAACUUGAAACUUUGUUUAUUUUAACCAAUGUAAUAAUUUUCACAUGUGAGGUAUUGCUCUUUAUUGAUUUAUACAAUAUAUUUAUAUUAUUAAAGGCUUGUGAUACUCUCUAAACAUUCAUUUCUGAAACCUCUUUCU